AUGGCCAGGGCUGCCGAGCCGCACGUUUUGGAGCUGGCUGACGACGACGACCACGACGACGACGACUGCGACGAGGAUGCCUGCGGCUCUCCGAGAAGGACCCUCAAGGCAGAACUUUCCUCCCUCUUCUCCAAUGUCGAGCUGAAGAAGAAGAUUCUGAUUCCUCUGGACGCCAUCUGGGGACCUCUGCAGCCGGGUCACCCUGAACUGUAUCUGCGCUCUGCGCCCGAGCUGCAGAAGCCGGGCCUCGGGAAGCGUCUGGGGCAGGAAGGCGAUGGCGGCGGGGACACGUCGGGGACCGAGACGUCCGGGAGCACGUCGAGUUCCUCCGGCAGCAGCACUGGUCGCCCGAAGAGCCGCGACCGCGGCCUGACGGGGUGGUUCCGCGGCUGGACGUCCCACCGCAGCAGCGGCUCCGCCUGGGAGGCUUUCCCGCCUGUCGAGCAGUCCCGGGAGCUCCACGACAUCAUAUCCCAGAGGGACGCUCUGAACGCGAGGAUCCAGGAGCUCCAGUUCACGGGCCGGGGCGGACUCGUCCAGGCGGAUCUCUCGAGCGCCCCCAGCAGAAGUCUGCAGUUUCUGGACCCCGCUGUGGAGAGACAGUGGAGGACCGUGGGCAUUCGCCACAACACCCGGCUCGGCGCCAGGGUCCUCACAGUCUUCCUCCUGGCCAUGCUGAUGCAGACCGUCCUCGUGUGUUUGCAGACGUCGUUGGAGUGCGACUCGUGGCUGAUGGGGUCGUUCAUGUCAGCGGGUGGUGCAUACAGACUUGGCAAUCAUGCGGUCGUCUUGCUUAUUUUGCCCGCGCUGUGCCACGUGGUGUGGAGGCCUCGCUUCUCGUGCUACCUGGUAUGCGUGCUUGUGCUUUUUGCGAAUUCCGUCCUCACAGGAAUUUCACCAUACAAAUCAUAUUGUGACAAUUUGAAUGCGUAUCCUGGUACGCCCAUGUUUUGCAAAGGGAGCUACAAUGCUUGCGUAAAUUCUUUGGACAAUUCUCAGCGCGUCAUGUCCUGGAUUCUGCUGUGCAUCUGGGUGGUGCCAGAAUAUCGGUACAUGCGGUACACGUGGAUUUUCAUCUGGACGAAUUUGGUGGCAGUUGCAGUGGAAAUGAGGUGGACAACAGACCAGGACUCCAAUCCGAAUCCAGUGGACGCAACUAAGAUGAAUCAGCUCCUCGUCAGCGCAGUGUUUUUUGUAGGAGUAAACAUGAUCGCUGUCAAGAAGAAAUGGUACUUCGAGAAACGGCAGCGGACGAGGUUUUUGUAUGCGUUGAAGCACAAAGAAGUGAGCAGGAAGCUCUACUACAUCCUUGCGACCACCACGCCCCAGUACGUGGUGUCACAGCUCAUUAGGCGGCAAGGUGACGGAUCGGUGAUGUUCAUUUUGAUUGCCGAUUUCGACAAAUUCGCAAACAGCCGCUCGGGAUCGCCACUGCAAAUCAUGAAGUAUUUGAACCAUUAUUUCUGUCUGCUGGAUAGCAUCUGCGAGCUUAACGGAGUGACCAAGAUCGAAACGGUCGGGGAGGAGUACGUGUGCGCCGUUGGCGUGGUGCCCGAGGACCGAGAGAUCAGCGCCAGAGCAGGCCACAAACUUAUUCUGGGGCGCCUAGUGCGCGUUGCCCACGACAUCCUCGACUUGCAGGCGGCAUCGAUCUUGCGCGAUGAUGAGGCGCAGCAGGUUGCGUUCAAGAUGGGGAUCCACACCGGGCCCGUGACCGCUGGCAUCGUCGGCCAGCGCCUGCCGCGCUUCCGCCUGUUCGGGGACACCAUGAACACCGCGGCGCGCAUGAUGCAGAAGGCCUCCAGGGGCGAGGUGCAGUUUGGGGUGGAGACCCGGCGAGAGUUGGAUCCGCGGGAGGUGCCCAUCGUGCCGAAGGGGCCUGUGGAGAUGAAGGGCAAAGGCUGGCUGGACGUUUACGUGCUCGGCGCGAGACCUUACCCUGCGCAUGCGCACAAUGACCCCAGCAGUGUUAGCAGUGAGGACUCCGACGGCGGGGCCUUGGCUGAGGAACGCCCGAGGGCCUCCACGGGCACAACGGAGAGCCGCACGCCUCGUCGCUUCGGCACCGCGGGCUCCAGCGGCAGCUUCCGCAGGCGCCUCGGCACCCUCCGCGCCGCUCUCGAGGGCGUGGCGGCCGCGGACCGGCCGCUGGAGUGCGUGCGCUGCGGGACCGAGACCCCGCGCGAGCACGGCCCGGACACUUUCGACCACGUGCUGCAGGACCUCGGCGGGCGCAGCUUCCAGCACGGGACGUGGCGCUUCCUGGGGCCGGGCUCGGAGGCGACGCCGGAGGAGGAGCAGGUCUUCCAGGAAUGGUUCUUUCAUGCCUGCGUCAUGAACAAGCUGCCACAGCGGCUGGCCAAGAUGGCGGCAGUCCUGGUGGUGCUCACUGCGACGGAGACAGUCUACGUGCUGUUUGCAAUGGGGGUCUUCGGGUCUCUGCGGGACGUUGCCAAAGGGAUGCUCAAGAUGGCCAUCUUUCUGGCAAGCAGAGCUGUAGUUCUGGGGGUCAUUCUGAUCUGGCGCACGCUGAUCCACUGUAACUGCAGCAUCCUGACAGACGUCAAGUGGUGCCAGCGCUAUCUGGUCAUGUCUUACUGCAUCGUGGUGUCGAUGAUCUACAUAUCGUACGACGCGACCCCGCAGUUGCAGAGUCUGAAUGACAGUGAGGAGCCUGCCUACACAGAGCACGCCGUGUCCUCCGGGAGCCCGCUGGUGCUGAUCUCUUUCCCCGUGUACGUGAUCGUCGUGACCGCGCACCGGCUGCUAUUCGUGCACUCGCUGUUCCUGCUGGCGCUCGCCUUGGUGCUGAUGCUGCUGGAGUCUGUCGGACCCGCCAGCGUGGAAUUAGACGUCUUCGGCUCGCAGGUGUCCGUCUUCAGCGGCAUCUUCCUCUCGGUGAUGGGGAGGCUGCUCUUCAUCACGUACAACCUGAUCCCCGUGCUGGAGGCGUACGUUGAGGAGUCGAGCCUUCGGCAUCAGCACAGGGCCCAGCGGGCGAUCUUCGAGGCACGUAGGCGCAUGGGCGGCGUGCUCGACACGCUGAUGCCGCCGCUGGUCAUCAAGGAGCUGAAAAUGAGGGUGGACGGCGGCGAACAGGUGGUGCACUGGUAUCACGACGCGACCGUGGUGCAGUCCGACCUCGUUGGCUUCACCCUGCUGGCCUCCUCGCGGCCGCCCAGCGACGUGGUCUGCCUCAUCCGGGAGCUGUUCGGCCUGUUCGACGCACUGGCAGACGAGUACGCGGUGUACAAGGUUGAGACCGUCGGGGACGCGUACAUCGCCGCCCAGGCUGAGGAGCCCCUCUCGUGCAAGAACUCGCCCCUAGACGUGGUCACCUUCGGGCUGCGCAUGGCGGAGGAGGUGGCCAGCUGGGCCGAGGCUCGGGGCGAGGACGUGGGCUGCCGCGUGGGCGUGCACAGCGGCGAGUGCGUGGGGGGCACCCUGGCGGCGCGCAGAAUUCAAGGGAGCGGUGGCCGCCGCAGGGAACGGCUCUCCAGGCAUCGUGGGCCGCGACAUGCAGCGCUACCACCUGUUCGGGGCCCUGAUGACGGCGCUGGAGGUCCUGGAGUCCACUGCGCCCGCGGGGCGGGUCCAGGUGAGCUGCGCCUGCAGGGAGGCCGUGCUGAGGGAGCUGAGGGAGCCGAGGCCGGCCAACCGCGCCGCGCCAGUCCCCGACUUCCAGGAGCGCACCGAGCCCUCGCUGACCACCUCCAAGGGGGACGGCCACAAUUACCACGAGGUCGGCGGCCGCACCUUCCUGGUGUGCGCCGACCCGGCGCUGUUCGAUGCGGGCGCCGCCAGCCUGGUGCGGCGCGACCCGGUGCUGCUCGCAGGC